GUUCGGAUGGCAAGUACCGUAGCGUUGCCAUUGCCAUGGCCCUCGCCUUCGCCUUCAACAGCUACCUCUUCACGCCCUCGUACGACGACUUGUCGGAUGAUCCUGUGCGCUGGCACAUCAACGACUACAACAAGGAUGUGAGGGAGUGGAUUGUCAGGGGGCUGAGCCUGAAACAGGCGGAGCUCAUCACGCACUUCAAGCUGGUUCCUCCCGGCCCGCCUAGCCCGCCUCCGCCGGAGGCUGCACCCGAACCCGAAGCAGCGGAACCGGCGGAGGAACCUAGGCCUGAGCCCGAGUUUGCGUCUUCGUCUUGGUCGAGCCCUUAUAUCCCUGGCUCUGGCAAUCGGGGCGCUGGCGAGGACGCUGAAAUGGCGAAGGUCUGUGGCGACGUCUUCGAGAAGGCACCCAGUCUCUUCAGAGUCCUUCGCGAGCUCAAGGUAGACGAUGCGGCCUGGUUGAACUUCGCGGCCCUGAUCGGUUCAGGGCCCGAAGGCCUACAACAUGGCUUGGCCUUCGUGAAGCUUGGUUCCUGUCUAGAACGAACUACGAACUAG